AUGAACAGCAAUAUUCUAAGAACAAGUAUAAGAAGAUAUGCUAGUCUACCACCACACGCACUAAAACCAGCUUUAGGGGCUCCAAACAAAGCCGCAGCAGCAGCAUUCAAACAAUCCCUAGAAGCACAAAAGAGUCAUGGUGAAAGUACUUAUAAAUUUUGGUUAAAGAUCUCUUAUUUAGUUGCAGCUCCAGCUAUUCUAUUGACCGCUGCUAACACAUAUUUCGUUGAAAAAGAACAUUAUGAACAUAGACAACAUUUGGCUCAUGUCCCAGAUAAGGACUGGCCAAGAGAUUACCAAUAUAUGAAUUGUAGAUACAAGCCAUUCUUCUGGGGCAAUGGUGAUACCACUCUAUUCUGGAAUCCUGUUGUUAACAGACAUAUCUCCCAUGAUGAUUAA